AUGGACGCUAAGGAACAUAAAGCUCAUAGACCACGUCAAUCCGGCGUUAAGAAAGAUAAAAAAACAAAAAAACAGAAAAAAAUCGAAGAUAAAAAUCCCAAAGCUUUUGCACCGUUAUCUGGAAGAAAAGCCGAAAAACUUGCAAGACGUAAACAAGAAUUAAUCCAAAAGAAACUCCAUGCUCCACUUGUAGAUCGAACGCCGGUAGAACCUCCUCCUACCGUUGUUGCGGUAGUCGGGCCACCUCAAACUGGUAAAUCGACGUUAAUAAAAUCCCUUGUAAAACGAUAUACUAAACACAAUCUAACAGAAAUUAAUGGACCUAUCACGGUCGUUAGUGGUAAAAAAAGGAGGAUAACAUUUAUUGAAUGCGCAAAUGAUAUGAACUGUAUGAUUGAUAUUGCAAAAAUAACUGAUUUGGUGUUGUUAUUAAUCGAUGCAAGUUUUGGAUUUGAAAUGGAAACUUUUGAAUUUUUAAAUAUACUGCAAGUUCACGGUUUUCCAAAAAUCAUGGGGGUCCUUACACAUCUGGACAAAUUCAAAAAUAAUAAAACGCUUAAAUCAACUAAAAAACGGUUAAAGCAUCGUUUUUGGACAGAGAUUUACCAAGGUGCCAAACUUUUUUAUCUUUCGGGAAUAAUAAAUGGUCGAUACCCAAACCAAGAAAUUCAAAAUUUGUCAAGAUUUAUUUCUGUAAUGAAGUUUCGACCUUUAAUAUGGAGAAACACGCAUCCAUAUUUGGUCGCUGACCGUAUAGAGGAUUUAACUGAUCCUGAAGAAGUCCGGAUGAAUCCAAUAUGCGAUCGUACAGUGACUUUAUAUGGAUAUUUACGUGGAACAAACAUGAAACCCAACAUGAAGGUACAUAUCCCUGGCGCUGGUGAUCAAUAUUUGGCGGAUAUUUCAAUUCUUCCCGACCCAUGCCCGUUACCAGAUAAAGCUCGAAAGAGCUUAAGUGAAAAACAAAAACUCAUUUAUGCUCCAAUGUCGGAUGUUGGUGGGGUCAUGUAUGACAAAGAUGCAGUAUAUAUCAACAUUCCAGGGAAUUUUACAAAGACUGAUGAUAAUGAAGGUUACUGGAAAUGA